AUGGAGAGGAGACAAUAAUCAAAUACCUCAAAGGUAGAUUUUUAGGCAAAGUAAAAAAAUAUUUGGAUAUAAUAAUUUUAGGGUGGAUUUGCUAAAUGCUAUGAGCUUAGAUAUGUGGAUCCUAUCAAUGUACAGUAAAAGAAUAGGGUGUUCGCAGUCAAAGUAGUUCCAAAAGCCAGUCUUACAAGAACCAAGGCAAGAUAAAAAGACAAGGAAAAUGUUUACAUACUUCUAGAGAUCUGCUAAAACUAAUCUCUUAAUGAAUUAGUCAGAAGGCGCAAGAGACUCACUGAAUUAGAAGCUCAGAGCUAUCUUUUAUAACUUAUUAGGGCAUGCGAAUAUCUGCACAAAUUUAGAGUUAUUCACAGAGAUCUCAAACUUGGAAAUUUAUUCUUAUCUGACAGAAUGCAAUUGAAGGUGGGAGAUUUUGGAUUAGCUGCUAAAGUCGUAUUUGAGGGAGAAAAGAAAAGGACAAUAUGUGGAACACCAAAUUACAUAGCGCCAGAAAUCCUUGAUGCAAAAAUUGGACAUUCCUAUGAGGUUGAUUACUGGUCUAUAGGUGUUAUUUUGUACACCCUGCUAGUCGGUAGACCACCCUUUGAAUCCCCAGAAGUUAAAUAGACUUACAAAAAAAUCAAGGCAAAUUAGUACUCCUUCCCAGAAAAUAUUCCCAUCUCAGAGCAGGCAAAGGAUUUUGUCAGAUAAUUACUAAGGACUGAUCCCUCAUAAAGAAUGAACCUCAAAGAAAUGCUCGCUCAUGAUUUUAUGACAAUGAAUAAGAUUCCUGAACUUAUGCCAAUUUCUACCUUAGUCUGUCCACCCUCAACUACUUUUAGUAAAUAAUUUCAGCCAAAUGGUGAGCUCAACAACUUGUAAUUUAACUAAACAGCUGCUGCACUAGGAGGUUUCAACUCAAUUCAAUCUGCAAGAUCCCCUACUAAUUUAGCAUUGACUUAAAAUACUCAAAGAGGAAUUGCUAGUGGAAAAGAAACGUAGAGAGCUAUGAAUAUGCCUGAUUUGAAUAACGGUUUGCUUGCUACAACGAGAGAUGCUAUUGGUAUCUCAGGAUAUUAAACUAUUUAGGAAGAGUAGUGUAAAACUCAAAGGGAAUAACUAAGAUAACCUACUUACAAUCUACUUUCAUAGUAAAUAACCCCAGUCAAUAAUAAUAACUUUACUAAUUAAAGUCCUAGAAAUAAUGAAUUUCAAUUUAAUAAAUCCAAUAGAGCUGAGUAGUAGCAUACUCCAGUUUAGCCCACAGGUAGACCAACAUCCUCUCCAUUUCAAAAUGAUAAGCUACUUUUCCCUAGUUGCACAGGUAUGAACUCAACACCUAGAAAUAAUAAUGAAAAGAGACUUUCCACAAAUACUGUACAAAGCAACAAUAAUUACAAGACUGAAUAGAAAAGCUCAUACUCACCAAGUCCUAAUCUAAACCAUCAGACAAGUUCUAAAAGAAUAAUUGAUAAAGAAAAUAAUUAUUUGACCAGUUCUAAUAAUGAAGAAUAGCACAAUGAACUAAACAAUCAGUUCAAAAAUAACGGUAAAGAUGAUAAAAAAGAUAUUGAGUAAAUAGCUAAAAUUGAGAUAACAAAUGCAGCCCAUUUUCCCAUUGAAAGCUUAGUAUCUUGCGACAAACUCCAAUAAAGAUGUGAAUUAAUAGUUUAAUAUGUAGAUUUCUCAAGCAAGUAUGGCAUGGGCUACAAACUAUCGAAUGGCUAGUAUGGUGUAUUAUUCAAUGAUUCAACCAAGAUUGUCUUGGAUGCUAAUCAUUUUCAUUUUGAUUACAUCCAAAGAAGUGCAAAUGGCCAAGAUGAAGAUGUCUAGUGUUUGAACUUUUUUAAUUACCCCAAGCAAUUGAACAAGAAAGUUAUACUCUUACAGCAUUUUAAGAGUUAUCUUGACGGGAAUCAAAAAUUUAAACCUUUAGAAUUCAAAUUUGAUGCUACCAACCCACCUUAAAGAUUAAAUGCCGCUUAGCCUAGUUAUCUGAAGAAAUGGAAGAGAGCUAAAAAAGCAAUCCUCUUUAGACUGAGCAAUAAGAUUAUCUAAGUUAUCUUUUAAGAUCUAUCAGAACUAAUCUUAUGCAGUGGUAACGGCAUUGUUACAUUUGUUAGUUCUAAGAAAUAAAUAAAGAAACUACCUCUUAGUAGCGAUCUUGAAAGUAAAGAUCCCAGCAUGUAUAAGAGACUAUAAUACUCGAAGGAAAUACUGAUAUAGAUGAUAAACAAAAAUGACAAUAAAAAUUAAAAAACUCCAACCACUGAUAAGAUUUAUAGUACUGUGACUUCAGACAGAAGCGGACUUAGAACAUUAGAAAAGACUUAAUAGCCAGAUACCCUGAUAAGUUCACUUGCUCAGAGUAAGCAAAGUGAAUUCUAAGUCUUACAGUCACAGAGAGGUAAUAUAGUAAAAGGACCAGGUGCUGAAUUAGUGAGUCUAAAGCACUACCAAAAUAAUCCUUCUAAUAGAGACUUGCAAACAGAGAGACUAUAAUAUGACUCUCUUUCAAGUACUUUGGCAAAGAGGACUAUAGAUGUGAACAACUAUAUGACCGAUCAAAAUUAUAUUUAAGAAGGAAGAAUGAAUGUAAAUUUGAAUAGUAACUUGAGGGGAAUGAAUAAUAAUGUAUACUCUGCAGGUCAAAGCAGACAUAUGUCUCAGUAUAAUGCCAAUCAGAACAAUUUCAAAACUGGUCCUGGAAGCCAUCAUAAUUAACAGACUCAUAGAGGAUCUCAACAGCAUCAUAAUCACUAAUUUGUCAAUGGAUCAAUUAAUAGCCAAAUAGGUAGUGCUAGUGUUAGUGGUAUGGCAACUUUGAGUACCAGUUCUAACUAGAAACAUUAAGUAAUGGGAGGAGGCAUAUCUUACAGAUACUAAACCAUCAAUCACUGA